AUGCUAGAAGCUGUGUUGGGACACAGGGUCAACAGCCCAAGCCCAACCCGUCUGUCAUUAGUAGCACUCCAUCCUGCCCUCAAGGUCAGUCAAAUUAGCCUCGCCAAAGAGCACGCAUGUGUAGAACUUCUCUUAACAUCCAACACAGACGAUGGUAACAUCAUUUUGACGAAUGACGGGAGCUAUUAUACCUUCCAGUGCUGCAUGCGCGAAUCGGCCGGUUCGACUUUUUUGAAUAGCGUCCAGACGACCGGCUAUGAUGACUGUAUUCAGGCGUGCGCAAGCACUGAUAAGUGUCAGGCCUUCCGAUAUGUUUAUGCGGAUUACAAUGGUGAAACCGAAGGUACUUGUCGGAUGUAUACGGACGGUGAAUUCUCAACGACUAAAUGUGGAAACUCCCUGCACGACUGGGCGUACUUGACCGACCCUCCGGUUGUCGCGGACAAGCAGGAGGUAUUCCAUAUGGACUGCCAGAAGCGCCACGGCACGGCCUGGUUCCACAAGACGUCUCAGGGCUCUCUGAAGGACUGUAUCAACUUCUGUGCCUCCCACAUCGGAUGCCAGAGUGUCGACUUCCAUCAGCGAACCCGCCAAUGCUACCUGGGUAAACACCAAGGCGAGCCCACCAUUUCUUCUCCGGGCUGGGCAAGCGCCCACUUGCUGGGCUGCUCGGGAGCUUGCGACGAGUCCUGCACUUCCUGCACUUCCAACAAUGGACCGUCUUCUGGAUCUGGAGCCAGCACUCCUCCGACUCAGGGCCAAGGUCAGGAUCAAGGUCAGACCGAUGGCACCACCCCCUCCGUUCCCGCAACCCCGCCGCCUCCGCCUCCGCCGACAGAGGCCAAAUGCAUGGAUGACAACAACAGUGUCGUCGAAAUUGACGGCACCAAGUAUAACAUCCGGUGCGAGUUGCAGAUCCGUGACAAGACCAUUGUUGGUAACGGACCUGCGGCUACUUUCACGGAUUGCUUGAAGAUGUGCAACAACAACAACAACAACAACAACAACAACAACAACAACAACAACGAUUGCAAGUCCGCUGACUUCUGGGAUCCGAAUGGAAACAAGGAGUGCUAUUUGUUUGACUCCCCGGAUGAGCCUGCCUAUACCUCUGGCACCAACUGGGCUGCGUAUGUAGCGUAG